GCCCUUCUUCGUUACUCCAUUCUUAGCUUUUGCAGAGAAUCCCUCAGCUCAAAUUCUUCUCCGAAUUCAAGAUUGGGCUGAAAACUGAUUCUUGAAAUAGCUUAACUUGUGGGAUUGUGUGCUGAAAGCGAGCUGCAUUUUGUACUGAGGCGAGAAAAAAAUGAAACUCACGAAGCAAUACCGAUGCUCACACUCACCGACAUGCGCAUGCAUGAAAGGCCACCUCAGCGAAGAAAUCAUAUUCCUAGUCUUCAACCACCUCAACUGGAACCCUAAACUAAUCGCCACCCUCUCAUGCGCAUGCAAAUGGUUCGACGACCUCGCCAAACGUGUCCUCUGGAAAGAGUUCUGCAAGACGCGGGCCCCGAAAAUGAUGAUCGAUUUGCAGUCGAGUGGGUCCCACAGUGUCGACGGUAACUGGAGAGCACUAGGCAAGCUCCUCAUAUACUGCUCCGGUUGCAAAAAAGACGGUCUUUUUAGCACCGCUCAAAUUCCGGGCCAUUUUGUUUAUCGGACACGUUUUUCAAGAACUUCCGGAAAGAGCUUUUUAUUACCGCAGUGUCGGUCGGAUGUUUUGUACGUGUCUGAUCCUUGUGAGCAUCUUGACCAAGGUGAGGAAGGGGAUGUGGGGUUUUUUCGGGGGGUGUUUAAGUCAUUUGGCGCUUCGAAGGUGAGGAAAAUGCUGAUCAGGAGGAACGCCCCGCUGCACCCGACUGAGGUUUGCCCUUACUGUAAGGCGAAGCUAUGGAAUAUGCUGGCGGCGAAGAUGAUUCCGACGAGCGCCAGCUGUCGCCUAGGCUCGUACGAUGAUUGCAUAGAGUACUACGUGUGUCUGAACGGGCACGUGCUUGGGAUUUGUACGCUUUUGCCCUUGUCUGAUACGGAUGAAGCUGCUUCGGAGGAGUGAUGGUGAUGAUUUUUUUGUGCCUUGACUGUUACGUUUCGGUUGCUGUUGUUUCUUGCAAGUGUUGUUUUGUUACUAUUAACUGUUUUUUUUUUUUUCCUUUCUUUACAAUGUAUGUGACCUCCUCUGCAGUGUACUGAAUCGGAACGAAGAAGCUUGUAAUAUAAGAUGGGGAUUUGUUCUGUAUUUUAAUGUCUUGCCGAGGGGGAAAUUAUAUCGUUUUCGAUGCUUGA